AUGUCACACAACAGAGAGUUUGGUUUCUUGCUCCUGAUUUCAGCGAUGGCGGCUGCUGAUCUGAGAGCCGAGCUGAGCUGCUCCAUCUGCCUGGGCAUUUAUACUGAUCCGGUAUCCCUGCCCUGUGGCCAUAACUGCUGCCGGGGCUGCAUUGGGAGAACAUGGGACUGGCAGAGGAGCAUAGGGAAAAAUCCUUCUUGCCCUGAAUGCAGACAGAGGUUUAAAAGGAAACAUGAACUGGCAACAGACUGGAAGCUGCGUGGCCUGGUGGAGCGGUUCUGUCCGACUGAGACAGAGCCGGGGGAGACUGGGAUCUUCUGCACUUACUGUCUCCUCUCUCCUGUACCUGCUGCUAAAUCCUGUCUCCUGUGUGAGGCUUCUCUGUGUGAUACCCACCUGAGGGGGCACUGCCAGUCAGCAGAACAUGUACUCACUGAGCCCACCGCUUCCUUUAUGGGGAGAAAAUGUUCUGUACAUCACAAGGUUCUGGAGUAUCACUGCUGUGAGGACUCUGCCUGUAUCUGUGCAUCCUGCUGCCUGGCCGGGGAGCACCGGGGCCACAGGGUGGAGCUGCUGAGUGAGGCCUCUGAGAAGAAGAAAGAGAAACUGAGGAAAGUUCUGGAGAAACUGAGCCCAGAGAGAGAGGAGACUGAGAGAGGAGCCCAGAGGCUGCAGGAGCGCAGGAGAAAAUUAGAAGAAAAAGCCACCAUUGAGACAGAGAGAGUCACUGCCCUGUUUAGAGACAUCAGGGAAGAGCUGGAAGCCCUAGAGAAGCGACUCCUGAGUGACAUCUCCAGGCAGAAAGAGGAGCUCUCACUCACACUCACUGAGCUGAUCCAACAGCUGGAAAUAAAGAAGGACGAGCUGUCCGGGAAGAUCCGUCACAUUGAGGAGCUGUGCAACAUGGCAGAUCCACUCACUGUCCUACAGGAACAAUGGGAAUCCCAUGGAACUGCCUUUUGUGGGGCUGAGGGGGCA